UGGUGAGUCUUUCUCUGUAGGUCUAGCGUUCUCAGUAUUUUCCUUGCUCAGUCAAGUUACUUGGCUGGCAAAUUAUAUUAUAUGGAUUGUUGUGGGUUCACGAUAUGGAGAAUAUGCUCCUGUUGCUGCUUGGUUAAAAGAUUAUCACGUGCCUAAAUUUAGCAGUCUGAGUUCACAAAAUGUGGAGAUGUGCCAUGAUGUUAAGAAUCUUUGCAAGUUGAAAGAAAAAUUCAUAACCAGUGAUUUUAGAUGUGCUGGAACUAUCGCUGCUGCUCUGGUCUUGAAGGUCAGUGAUAGAACUGAAGAAUUGGAAGACACAGUUAGCAUUUAUGCUUAGGCAUCUAAUGGGCAGAUGCCAAACUUGGACCUCAUCAAUAUUGUAUAUAUUACUUGGCAGCUCAUUAUAGGCAGGGUUUGCUUGUGAAGGUGGAGAAAUUAUUGUCCCUACUUGACUGCAGUUUGCUCAAAGUUUUGGGCACAAUAAUUGAAUAUGUGGGAGAAGUGGCUAGAAGCUUAAAUCCUGAAGGGAAGUUUGGCAUCCCUGCUACAGAUUAUAUUGAAGGCACUGCUAUGCUUGCAAGUUCAUUGUAUUCUCAGGUCCUGGGUGUUCCCACAGGUCCACAUGGUGCAUUUCAUGAUUAUCAGGUUGAUGCCAUCACCUUGGAGUUAUCACCCAAAUUUACAUAUGAUAUGAAGGUCAGGCACAACGAUUUCUUUCUGAGAGGUGGCUGAUACCCGGUCUCACCUCAACAACUAGCUUUGUGAUCUGGAUUUUGCUUUCGCUGCUCAGCCUUCAGGUAUUGUACUCAAUUCUGGCUUCUCCUUUUACCCAUGCAAAUGCAUCUCAACCACAAGGAGAUUGAGCUCUCUUGAAAUUGGUGACAUCUCAGCUCUCUUCAUUGGUUUGCGACUCAUGUCAGUCAUUAAUUUUGCCACAGCGGAAAUUGGUGCUUUACUAUUGGUCCCAACAUGUUUGUUGGCUCAACCUUUGAGGCUUGAUCUUAGAGCUAGAAGUUUGAGAAGCUUUUCUAGGGUGAUUUGUAAUCUGGUUUUUGGGCAUAUUGCCUUUCCUCCAGCAACUUUCCUUGUAGUGAAGGGGGUUUUUUCAGGUCUUGGCAGCGCUAAUGCUGGUGAUUUCUGGAAUUGGGUUAAGUCCCUUUGGGCAUGGAACAGUGCUACAUAUCUCUACAUCAGUAUGAUGCACCUGCCUUGCUGGCUGUUAUGCAUUUAUUUCCUAAUUCAUACUUGUUGACAUGGCUUAGUCAAUUUUGUUCUGCACGUCAUUGUUCACAAAUGAAAGUUGAAGAUCAUCAGCAAUUUUUCCUAUGUUGUGAUGCUAUCUGAUUGCAUGUUGGUUUGCAGAAUCCUAGCAGGGAUAUGGAUUAAUGUUGCAAUAGAUGCUGACAAUCUGUACUUUUUGCUUCAUGUUUAUGGCAGUACGAAACCAAGAAUUAAAACUGCCUUUCCAUUCUACAGCCACUUGCCAAAUGAAUACCUCUCAUAUCUCCAUCAGCAGCGCUUCAGGCACAAAAAUGGAGUAAACUUUGUUUUAAUAUGUACACUAACAAUCAUGGUUGCAUGUAAAACAAGCCUAUCGAUAUUUAGCAACCGUGUCAAGGUGCUUCUUUCCUUUUUAUUUUAAAUUUUAUGACAUUCAAUAGUGAGAUAGUUUUGAUCAGUAUCUUUCAUAUUUGACGUCAAUCAUCCUGAAGCUUAGAGUUGCAAGUCUUUUUGUAUGGGCGACAUUGUCAAGUGUUUUCUCUUUCAAUAGCUGGAUAUGUAUGUGCUUUACUGUUUUUGGUACCGGUUUUACUGGGUAAUUCUCAGCAGCUUCCUUUAUUAAUUAAAUUCAUGUAUUGUU